GUCUACCGUCUGGUGCCUGACGCUCUAUGAGAGAGCUGGAUCCUCCAGCAGCAGCAGCAGAAGCAGAAACGCCCUGCAUCCUCCUCUCUCCUCUUCCUCCAACAUCCAUCCACCGUCCGUGUCUCCCCUGCUCUCCUCCUGCCUCCUGCCCGCGGAGGAGACACUCUGAGCGGGAGGAACACGCACCAAACCUCGCUGUGGGGAGAUUCAAAAAACAAAAACCCUGGAGAAACAUGGAUCUUUUUGCUUUUUCCUCCCAACACCACCACCUCCUCCUCAUCAUCCUCAUCGCUUCCCUGAGCUGCUUCUCCGCCUCUGCUGACGGGAGAUUCGGUUGCCUGUUUGAAAACGAGCUGUGUUCCCCCUACGAGAUCUGCGUUAACGAUGGCGUGUUUGGGAGGUGUCACUCUGUUCCGGUGAAGGACGUCUACGCCUACGAUGUCUCUCCGUCUGUAGUGCAACACUUCAGGACGCUGCUGGAGAAGCUGUCCAACCGAGGUCUGACCUGGGAGGACGACACCACUCAGCAGGUUCUGUCCAAAGAGUUAUCCAAGCUGAGGAGGCUUCCCUACAGGCCGCAGCAGAACGGGCCGGUGUACAGCUCGGACAGCAGGCCCGUAUCCGAGGCGUUGGACCCAGCAGACCAGAGGGUGAGGCCGGUCGAGGUGGAGCUUAGCAGGAACCUGCAGAUGUACCUCCAACAUCUCGGCCUCAUUCCCAAGACGUCGUCUGCCUCCAGCCAGAGCGCUCCGGGCAAGAGUGACCGUUUCCAGUCGGGCAUCCCUGCAGACUUCUUUCGCCCCAUGGCCCCGCCUUCCCCUCAGAGGUCGUCUCUUUCAUCCCUCCUCCCUCUGCAGAAACAGAGACCCUCACCCGGCCAGCUCCUCGCCACGCAGGCCGACGGCGAUCUUCUCCUGGGCACCCUGAGGCAGUAUCUCUCAGGGCAUCUGUCCCUGCACAGCGGGGGGGCGAGUCCUGACGAGCAGGGGGCCCCCUCGCCCCGCCUGCGGCCUUUUUACAGCAACGGAAUAGAAGAGUCUGGGCUCAAAACGGAGACCUUGCAACCCGGGCCCCUGAAGGCGGGAAGAACCCAAGAGGCGCCGGUCAAAGGCCCCCUGACUUCUGUGGACGAGCGCUUCAUCAAGAAGGUCCUGAAGAACGUCGGCAGGCAGCACCUGGACGUGGAGGAGCUGACGCAGCAGGACGUGGACCAGCUGUCCAGCCUGAUAGCCGACGCUCUGCAAGUAGUCGACAAGGAGCGAGGACGAAACGGGGGACAGGUCAGACCUGCACCGAGAGACCUGGAGGAGGAACAGAGGAGUCUGGAGGACGAUGAAGAGGAGGAGGAGGCGGCGGUGGCGGCUGAGGAUGAGGAUGAGGAGGAGGAGAAGUUGCUUGAAAAUGCUGCGACAGUGAAGCCACAGGAGAGCACUUCAACAUCGCCUUCAGCCCUUCAAGAGCGCCACACGGGCGCAGAGGAGCAGAGUGCGAAGGACAAGCCUGAGAGCGGGAACCUCUUCACCAAACUUCUCGCCUACCUGGACAAAACUUCCUCGCUCGACUCUCCGUCAGCAAGAGCUCGUAGCGACACCUCCAUGGAGACGCCCAGAGGCCUCCAGGUGGGGUUGGAAAACGUCCAGAGUCGGACCAGCGAGGCCGGGGUGACAGUGCAGAAGAAGGACGCCACCCAGUCAGUGGAGGAGGUGUCGGAGGUGCGGGGCUGGAUCAAGGAGGUGGCGCCCCCUCCUGCUUCGUUAGUGUACGAGGAGCCGCACAAGAAGACGAUUCACGCUCCUGAACUCCAGCUGGACGUCAAAGCUGGCAGGAAGAAGGUUCACGCUCCUGAACUCCAGCUGGACGUCAAAGCCGGCAGGAAGAAGGUUGACGAUGACGUCUUCGGCUACGUCAUCACCGACACAGAUGGGCUCCAGACAGACGAAGGCCUCCACCUGAUGGAGAUCCUGGCUCGCAGGGCUAAGAUCCAGAUGACCGACUUCUCCGAGCUCUCGGUGGUGGGCCCCGCUGUGACCUUCAAAGUGAGUCCGAACUCUCACAACGUCAGCACCGCAGAUGUGGCCAACGUAGCUGUUCAGCAGAAAGCAGCUCUGGAGAAGGAAGCCAAGGUCAUCAUCCUGGAGGCCGGGGUCGCUGAUGGAAGCCAGAUCAACCAGAUCCCCACCAAGUACAGCCAGGCCGAGUCCACCAAGUUCCUGGUCCUCACCGUGGUCUCCAUCCUGUGCAUCGCGGGAGUGCUGCUGGCGUCCACCGUGGUCUACUGCCUCCGCCAUCGCUCCCACCACAAGAUCAAGGAGAAGCUCACCAACCUGGGGACGGACGCCGGCGGCGAUGCUACCGCCACCUAUCAG